GGGCUCAGCGCGCUGCUAUUCCUCCACCAGCUGAGGAGGAAGAAAACAGAGAGAGAAGGAAAAAGGAAAAACAAAAGAAAGAACGAAAGAAGGGGAACGAGAGCAUGUAGUAGCUGUAAUAGCAACCAAAAGCCGUUUACAACCUAUCUAAAUAUUCAUCACGGUUUCGAACAUCUCUACGCUGACGGCAUCCUGGAAGACGUGGCCAAGUGAGCUCCGCCACUGGAAGUAAACACUUCUAUGGCGCUUCCGGAGUCGUUAAUUCAUUCAGUGGGCUCUCUCAGAUAGCAACGUCGUAUGGUUUUUAACUCGUACCAUAAAAUGGAAUGUAAACUCUAGCCUUUACUAGACCAGAGGCCUGAAAGAUCUACUCCAAAAAAAACCCUGUGCUUCAUGAGAGCACCGUUGGACUAUACUUAAAACUAAAUGCACAAGCCAAAUACAAAUUCACCCGACAGAUGGUGGAUGCAUUUGUUUCCUUCCAGAAAGACAGCAAACCAAAGGAUUAAAAGAUUCCUCUUUUUUGCAUAACUUUGCAUCUUUGUUCAAGUAAACACCUUUUUCAUAGUUGUACAUUUGUACUGGUUUGAACUGUACCAAUAAGCAUUUAAACAUGGGGCCAUCAAUGGAGAUAGCAGACAUUGCAGUCGUUGCACUGUAUUUUGUCCUUGUGCUUGGUAUUGGAUUUUUUGCCAUGUGGAAGGCCAACCGAAGCAGUGUAAGUGGCUACUUCCUAGCUGGACGAACUAUGAACUGGGUGGUGAUUGGAGCAUCACUGUUUGUGAGCAAUAUUGGCAGCGAGCACUUUAUCGGCCUGGCUGGCUCGGGUGCAGCAAGUGGUUUUGCUGUUGGUGCCUGGGAGUUCAAUGCCCUCCUCCUCCUUCAGCUCCUGGGCUGGGUGUUCAUCCCAGUCUACAUCCACUGUGGUGUCUACACCAUGCCCGAGUACCUUUCCAAGCGCUACGGGGGUAAAAGGCUAAAAGUUUAUUUUGCUGGUCUUUCUCUUUUGCUGUACAUCUUCACCAAACUAUCAGUGGACUUGUAUGCAGGGGCACUCUUUAUCCAAGAGUCCUUAGGCUGGAAUCUCUACCUGUCAAUCAUCCUGCUUAUCACCAUGACGGCCCUGCUGACAAUAACAGGUGGUCUGGUUGCUGUGAUCUACACUGACACUCUUCAAGCAGUGUUGAUGAUUGGUGGGGCUUUGAGCCUCACAGUCAUCAGUCUGGUCAAGGUGGGUGGACUGGAUGGUGUUCGAGAAAAGUACAUGGAAGCCAUUCCAAAUGUCACUGCCAUCCUCGCCAGCCACAACUACAGUUUUGCCUACACAAAUUCUUGUCGCAUAUACCCAAAGCCGGAUUCCCUCAAACUCUUAAGAGGUCCCCUCGAUGAGGACAUUCCCUGGCCAGGGUUCCUAUUAGGCCAGACUCCUGCAUCCAUCUGGUACUGGUGUGCUGACCAGGUCAUAGUUCAGAGGGUACUUGCCGCUAAGAACAUAGCCCAUGCCAAGGGUUCCACUCUUAUGGCAGGAUUAUUGAAAAUUCUGCCCAUGUUCAUCAUUGUCAUUCCAGGAAUGAUCUCACGGAUAAUGUUUCCAGACGAGCUUGCCUGUAUUGGCCCAGAGCACUGCAUGGCCGUGUGUGGUAGCCAAGCUGGCUGUUCUAACAUUGCUUACCCACGACUCGUCAUGAACAUAAUGCCAGUGGGCCUGCGGGGACUGAUGAUGGCUGUUAUGAUUGCUGCACUUAUGAGUGACCUAGACUCUAUAUUCAACAGCGCCAGCACCAUCUUCACUCUGGACAUCUACAAAAUGGUGCGGACUUCUGCCUCCUCCCGUGAGCUGGUUGUGGUGGGGAGACUCUUUGUGAUCUUCAUGGUGACCAUCAGCAUUGCUUGGGUGCCCGUCAUCAUUGAGAUGCAAGGUGGCCAGAUGUACUUGUACAUCCAGGAAAUGGCGGGGUAUCUGACACCACCCAUCGCUGCUCUUUUCCUUCUUGGUGUCUUCUGGAAGCGCUGCAAUGAGACAGGCGCCUUCUGGGGUGGCAUGACUGGCUUCAUUCUGGGUACGACACGUCUUAUUCUUGGUUUCGUCUAUCGCGAGCCUCGAUGCAACCAAACAGACGAGAGGCCAGCUUUCAUUGUUCAUGUCCACUACAUGUACAUAGCUGCUGGGCUCUUCUGGGUCUCUGGACUGGUAGCUGUAGUGGUCAGUCUUUGCACCCCUCCCCCAACCAAGGAGAAGAUCCAGCGCACCACUGUGUGGGGACUACGCAACAUGGAAAAGCUACCAGUGACAGAACAGGAGGAGACAUACAAGUUGACAAAUAAGAGCCCUGUCCACUGCAAUGGCAACAGCAUGCUCCAGAAAGACCUGCCUCUGGAUGUCCAGAGAGAGCGAUGUCUUGAUGGGGCUGAUCUAAAACUCCUCAUGCCUGCCCCUUGUGACCAGGAUCCUGUGACUCCUAGCACAAGUGGAUCCACCCCAGUGGAGGCGUAUAGCAACGGACAUGCAGAGCUGGUAAGGCAUAAGGAUGAUGGGAGCAGGCAGUUUGAUUGGAUGUGUGGGUACAAGGAACAAGCUGCAACUCCUGCACCCAAAGCCACUGAAGAAGAUGAACGGAUUGUCAUGGAGAUGCUUUAUGAGCCCCCAAAAAUCAAGCUUCUUUUAAACUUUGGCCUGAUAAUAGUCUGUUUUCUUGGUCUCUUCAUGUUUGCCUACUUCUCCCUGUAACCUGCUAAUCAUCAUAUCCGUUGGACAGUGUGAAGGGCAGUAUAGGUGUAUGAUCUGUUAUUACAAAAGUUAUAUGGGUUCUGUAAAAACUGGUAUUUUUUUGUAACUUCCAUAAGAUGCGCUCUUUAGACACUACUCAUUCUGCUACAAAUUAGCCCUUUCCAUUGCCUCCAUAUCAGAUCACCAAAUUCUUAAAUAUAGUCCAACUAUGGUUCCUUACAUCUUUGUCACCAAAAGCACUACUGAAACAGUGGGCCUUUAUAUAUAUUUCUAGACAAAGAUAUGUAGUAGUUGUAGAAAUCUGUGAAAUUUGCCUUAUUCACUGUAAGCACUCCCUUGGCUGGCUUUCUGCAUUUUUUCUUUAAGGAUCACUUAUAUCAAGAGUACUAUAAUUUUUAAAACUUGACAGUAGUGAUACAUUUUCCACCUAAAUUAUGAUAAUAGACAGAUAUUUGUCAAGUCAAAUGUUGAAGUCAUUUUUGGCAAAAUUUAAAUUAAGAAAAAAGCGAAGGUGGAAAUUUACAUGUCAGAGUUCUUAAUUAUUCUUUGCAGGGUUGUGUGCCAUAACAAGUGUUGUAAAGUCUGUCUAAACUUACAUGCUAGCAUUAUUUUAACAGUAACUUUCUAUGUGAGUGUUCAGUCAUUGUACUUGUCAGUCAUUGUGUAGCAGUCUCCUCUUCCUGGUUAUGUGUUUUACUGUAUCAUGCUGAAAGUACUUUUGUCAUCACUCUGUAAGAGCAAUGAUUAGGGCACAAAGGUGUGUUUUAGAAACCACCAAAAUGCCUUCUCUUCAAGUAGGGAAACACCUUCUUGUCCCCAUUUCAGUGAAGUUAUAGGUGAAAUGACUAGUGUCAUAGGUGAGUAGUGUCUCAGCACUCACAUAUUCAGCGCUGAAACACAAACUAUACAAGCACAGCCUGUUUUUCCAGAGCAUGUCAAGUGGAUUGUCCUCCAUGAGACAAACACCAGCCAGAAAACAUCAGUUAAAAUCAUGAUGUCAUCUGAAUUUGUGUAAUAUGUGAAAGCAUAUGAUGCUAUCCCAGAAUGGGUAAGCUAAGACUGGAAUGUCCAGUUUUGAUUGCUGUGCAAAAUAGAAUUUAGUUCUUCUAGAGGAAGAAUUUCAUUUGUGGUUGCAGGAACAGGCACUGUCUGUUGUACUGCUUUUGAUUGCACUGUUUGCUUAGUGAAAGGAAGUUAGUGGCUUGGCUUCAGGCAAACGCAGACAUAAAUGGUAGUUCACCAUAGAUGACUGUUUUGAAGUCAGAGUUUGGUAUCAUACCGCCUGCUGGAAGCUUUGCAGACACAUUGCCCAGUAGGUUAUGUUGAUGGAGGUUGAAUAACCCUGGCUAGUAAUAGUGCAUGCCAGGAAAUUUAGUAAGUAGUAUUGUGUAUGCUGAAUAAAUAUUACACAGCUCCAAUUGGAAUGCUGUUGUUUGGAAACUAAACAUCAUGCCUCAAGGUGCUACUGGGAAUGAGUGGGAUUCUAAUCUGGUUUUGCAAUGCGUGCGUUGUCUUAUUCCCCAAUCAGCUACAGUGAAUUGCCUCAUAAAGGACUGCGAUAAUAACCAGCAAACAUACUAAUCCUGAAGGUCUUUUAUGAGGCACCGCCUGGUUAAUUGAGGGUUCAGAGUAGCCUUAUUUGUAGGUUGUGAUCCACCAGAAAGUAUGUUAGUGAAUUACGAAAUGUGAUUGAAUGUUUGUUUUCUAUCAAUGAUUCCAAUAUGUAUCAAAAUAGAAAAUAAAAAAAGACAACAGAUUGAAUUAUUUGCUUGCGUUUUUAUUAUUGUGCAGUGCACCCAGUCAGUUGUUUAAGCAGUUGGUCUCAGUCUUCAAAGAGUUGAAUGAAGUUAAAUGGUUGGAAUGAAAACAUCCGGGCCUUUGAAGAUAAGAUUGGGUUAAUGGAAAUUAUUAAAAAUGUUAAAGAAAAAAACAGCUCAGGCUGCCCCUGUUUCUUACAUGGAUUUAUCCAGUAAUUUAAUUGCUUAUGUUUCUAAAUGAUAAUUUGGUGGAUUUGAGCCCUCAUUCAGGAAUGCACUACUUAAUUAAGAGCUGGUUCUAUCUGGGUUUCAGCACGACCCAAACAUAAGGUGAAGGUAUAUGAUGCAGUAGAAUACACAGACUAAAAGUUGUCAUGUAAUGGCAGCUACUACUAUGCUAUUCCUUACAUAUUGCCUUGUUUUAUUUUAGCAAUUUUAAACAUAUCCUUUCAGAUCAGUUUUAGACUAUAUUUUUAGACUAUAAGUUCUGGUUUUGAUAAAGUUGUGGCUAUUCAUAUAUCAGUAAGGUUUGAGGUUUGCUGUUAUCUUAGUAGUCCUAGUUUGCUGUUUGUAUUUUGAAUAUUUCAAACAUUUUGUUUAUUUAUUUUUAUUUGAGGCAAAGCCAAAUUACAGUUUUAAAAAGAGAAGAACCUAAUAUCACAGGAUUUUAAUUAGAGACUUAUGAACAAUUGAAGACUUAUGAAUAGGGAUUACAGAGGAGAUGCAUGGAUUGAGCCUGUGAGAAUAUGCCUUAGAGAGAUUCGAAGGAAUGAAAGAAUGGAAAACAAACAAAUAUUUGACAGUGCUGCUAUUUGUUCAGGUUAAUGCAGGAUUCAAAUGGAGUGGUUUGGCCAAGGACACAGUUUAGAUGAAAACUAGUUUGACUCCAGAACUGCAAAGCAAGGAAAGGUUUUGAGAGGGUUUUUGAGUGUCAGAUAUUUAUUUGGUGUGAUAUUCCAGUGUUGUAAGAUCCCAUGAGAAAAAGCUUUUGAGUGCAAUGGGUUGGUUCACUCUGUCUUGAGCUACUUCUUUGAAUUGAUCAGGUAUCUGAAUGUAUUUGAGGUCUGGGUAAGUCCAGAAUCCUGGAGAGGCUUAGAGUGUAGAAGUGGUGGAUACUCAUGGCCUACAUGGAAAGUACACAGCAAAGUUCUGUGUGCACUGGAGAUUGUUUGCUUGGUACCAAGUUUCAAAAUAUGGCAAAAUAAUGGGGAGUAUUUUUAUGUUGUGAUAGAUUUAUAAUGCAUGCACUGGUUCAUUCAGUGUCACUGUCUAAAUUCACUGGAAGCAGUUCACCCACCAGUGAGUCACGAUUCAGAAAUGAGAUGACCAAGUGCUUUCAUUACCAUUUUUUUUGGUGCAUUUUUGCUUUGUUUCCCCCCCUUUGCUUGUUUUAAAUGACCUCAAGAAGCACUGUAAUUUGUGUUUUCAUUAUUUUGUUUGUAUUAGUGUUUAAUUUUUGUUGAGCGACUUGAUUGAAUAUGUGUAAAACCUCUCCUUACCAAAUGUGUCUUACUUUGAAAUUGGCAGUUUUUUUUACCUACAAUCUAGAGUGAUGAACAAGCGAGUUUCAUAGUUUCAUAGUUUCAUACAAAGAGAUCUGGCUGAACACAGUUGCUGCAUUGAAGAACAAGAGCCUCAUACAGCUGUAAAUUAUACAGACAUUGAGCUUUGCAGUCAUCUGCAUUUCUAAAGACCCCUUGUGUUGCUGAAAUCUGAAAUCUUAGAAAAGCUGUUCAAUGUUUGAUGAUUUAAAUUACUUAUUUGUUCAGCUAUAAACAAACAGAUGUACAUAUUUGCUACUUUUUAAUAAAAAUAAAUAAAUAAAAGGAAAA